AUGCUCGAGCAUCGUCGUGCUCACGAGAGCAAGAAGACCGUCUCUCGGAAGGCCGCCAAACGGGAUACUGACCGCCUCUCAUCUCUCCUUUACUCGUCCCCCGGAGCCAUAUCCGCCCACCGCACGCAUUCCCAGGACGUUUCUCGCGAUAUUUCUCGAGUUGCGUCUCGUGAAGCUUCUCGGAAUGUCUCUCGUAUCAACUCUCGAGUCGUCUCUCGGGAUGUCUCCCUCAGUCCGAGUAGGGACCAGUCAGACGACGAGUAUGACUCAGGCAGUGAGAGUGACGAAACCUCGCCUAGCACUAUUUCUUUCGAUGACCGGAUGGGCGAGGAUUUCGAAGGUGGAAUCAAACAGGAUCGACCUUUAGCCGCCGUCAUCGAUGACCUCAUUGAUCGAAAACACAGUACUGUACCCGCUCGCGAGGAGAACCUCGCUGCCUACGGGCGCAUUUUGGCACGCCACUACGCAGCAGGGGAGAUGGAAGACUGUGUGGAGGACCUUCUCCCCGUUUUUCUACAGAGUAUCAAGCAGGAUUCGACCGAGAACGAAACGAAUUUGGCGUUGAAGGCAGUUGCACUGACCGCGAUGACGACGCUGGAUGGCUCAAUUUAUGAUGGCGCGAGCUCGGCCGUCAGGCGAAAGAUCACCGGAUACUCAUCUCUUCUGACCAAAGCGACUGCGGUUCGUUGUUUGGGUGCAUGUGCAUUUUUUGGAGGUGCGACGGAAGAAGACAUGGUGGACGAGAUGGAGUUUUUGAUGGAAAUUAUCACGUCGGAUGGCCAUUUUGUCGAAGCUCCGGAUGACCCGGAAGUGGUGACAGCUGCCCUGCAGGAAUGGGGGCUCCUUGCCACCGGGAUCGAGGACCUGGAAUACCAAAGCGAAGACGCAAUCGAGGCAUUCGCGGAUCAACUAGACAGCAGCGAAGCCGACGUUCAAAUUGCAGCCGGACAGAAUAUCGCACUGCUCUACGAAAAAAGCUUCUCCCCGCGAGAAGAGAACGAGGAAAUCGACGAAUUCGAGUACAAUUUACAAAUCGACCAGGACGACAUCUCCAAAUCCGACUACAAAGACGACAACGGAGUGUUACUCGUCCAGCGCUAUAACCCCUACCACAACACGCCGGCCAUCGAACAAAAGAUCCAAGACCUCACCAAAGUUUCCGAUCAGCAGAUCAGCAAAAAAUCCAAACGCGCUCUUCACAAGCAUUUCAAAGCCAUUCUCACCACAGUCGAAAAUCCGCGCCACGGCCCACGUUACAAGCAAUUUUCCGAGAGCGAGGCUUACGGCACCCGCUUGGGCGUCAAAUUCCACCGCACUGCAUCUCUAAAUCUCAACCGCUGGUGGAAAUGGUUGAGGAUGGUGGCGCUGCAACAGUGGUUGGCUGGCGGUAUUGUGGAGCAUUAUCGAGCGAAGAGCAGGGCCAUUGUUGAGAAUAUCCCCGGCUUUUCGGUGGUGGUUGAGACAGAGAGGGAAAGGCCCAGGCGGCCGAAGGGCAAGGCCUGGAAGAGAGCUGGAGAUUCGGGGAUUCCGACUGGGAGAAGGGGGGAGAUGAAUAUGCUUUACGAUACUUUGCAGGGUUGA